UUAUCUUUUGUUUUGUUGACUUGCAGAUUCUCUCUCUAUCGUCAGUGCACGUAUUGUCACUUUGCUUUUUACGCCUUUUGUACGAUAGAGUAAAACAAUUUGUCUCGUUUCAAUAAUCUGCUGCUCUUCUUCACUGUCAAUAAAAAGAAAUUUCAAAACUACGAAAAAAUGUCAGACUCGGAAUCAAGCUUAGACAGCAAUGGGAUCCCCAAGUGCUGCAACCCACCAAAAUCCAAAGAGCAAUGCAUCAGCCAGAAGACUAAAAUCGAGGCGAGCGAGUCCUCCCAGGAAGAAAACUCUGACGACUCUGACUGCAGAGUUGGUCGUAGAACAGGUCUGUGGGAGGCCAUCCUUGGCAUGGGAUCUGGAUCCAAGCGUCAUCGGUCUGACAGCAGCGAUUCCUCGAGGUCCCCGUCACCAAAGCGACAACGGACUAGGCUCAACGAGUACAAGCACUACGACAAAAGUGACGACGAAGAGGAUGCAAGGUACCUCACUGAAAUCCCAGCCUCCCAGGAACUCGUGCUCAGGAUCAAGUACUGUACGUGGUCGAUCUCCUGCUUUAGCACUUGUGAAUUAAACACUGAAGGUUACCUGAACUCGAACGUUUAUUCCGCUGGCAUGUACAACGAGGUGCAGUGGUACUUUAGGAUCGAGAGAUUCCGGCAAGGCAAGGAGGUGUUUUACGGAGUGUACGUGCACCACUUGACCCACAUCCAGGAUGAGGCUACUCUGGAGUUUAGAGCUUAUAUUAUUGAACAUAGGGGCCACUCUUACAGGCUUGCUCAGGCUUCAAAGUUUCCUCAAAAGAAGGGCUUUCAGUUUCUGGGUUUUGCGCGCAAGAGCCACAUCAGGGAUGACUCGUACUGGUACUAUCGCAUGAUACCGGAUGAUGAACUCACUCUGAGUUUCAGAAUUCAUAUACAGUUCAAGAAGAGCAAGAAUCAAUUGUUCGACGACUUCAAGUCACUUUUGGACAGCAAGACCUGCACAGAUUUUAAUUUGGUUGUCAAAGGGAACAAGUUUCCAGUGCACAGAGCUAUUUUGGCAGCCCGAAGCUCCGUUUUUGCUGACAUGUUCAACAAAAAGAAGGCACCAAUUGAACACGAAUUUGUUAAUGUUGAACCAGAUGUGAUGAAGGAUUUGCUCAAGUACUUGUACACUGGAAGACUUAAGAGGCUGAUUAAGUAUCUUAAAGAUUUUUCGACCAUCGCUGACAAGUACAAUCUUAGAGAGCUUAAGUCCAUUUGCGACAAAGCUAAACUUUCAUUCCAAGCAUAAGAUGUUUCAAAUAAUAGUCGAUUCCAAUUUGAUACCACUAACUAGGAAAUAAGUGUUGGAAAUAAUUCAUGACAUUGAGUCUGAUGAUGGCUCAAAGAAUGCUGAUCCAUCAUUUUAUUUUAUGUAACAAAUAGUUUAUCCAGUGUUUGUUCUUAUUUAUUCUUAGAAUGUCAAUAUGCCUUGUGAUAAAAAGUGAUCAUUGCACAAAUCCAGUGCCUGUAAAGUAUAAGAAACUAAGAGUACAAAUCAAAAUAAGAAUGUUUUUCUACUCCUAAGUUAAAUAUUAAUGUUAUGCUGCGUGUGAUUUGAAAACAGCGUGACUCAACUUUUAUACUAAAUAUUACCGAAUGUCACAGUAAUUUUAUUAUUCCUCUUUGCUGCAUUAUUUUGCGUAUUUG